CCUUAAUCAUGCUGCCGUAGGUUGCGGACAUGUCAUUCAGUACUCCUCUGGGCGGCCAAGAGGCGCAAACGAACCUGAAACAAAUUACUUACUUGUAUGAACUGCACAAAUAUGGAAUAACAUGAAUUACUGCGUCGGCCGUCAGCGCCUUUCGGUCAGUCGCCUAAAUCCGGACGCCUCUCUGUUCUGUUCAAUCCCAUCAGGCGUCCCCCCUGGACAGCCUCCCUAGCGAAUCUCGACGACGGCCAUCUCCUCAGCUCUCCACGAAAUGCCUACAUCUGCGGGAUACGAACACGAGACGCCUGAGUCCACACCGCGCAGUCCUACAGCUCCUCAUGUCAGCCUGAAGAGUGAGAUUUGCGGCUCAUUGUGGAGCGCGCCAGCUCAAUCACCGACCCAAUACAGAAACACCGUGCAUCUGUCAGACUGCCAACAGUUGAUGCUGGGGGACCCUGAGAACGGAGAGUGAACCGCCGCCUGUGUAAGGCUGUCGAGGUCCUCCGAUUCGUUGUGGAAACAGACGUCCAUUCUCAACAAACCCCCGGUGUUGCCUGAUCUGCGCUCUUCAGAGACCCUCGUCCAAAAUGCCUCCAGUCGCCCUCCACGCAGGGAUAAUAGGUGCCGGUAUGGGCGGGCUCGCCGCUGCUAUUGCGCUGCGCCGAGGAGGAGUCAAGGUUACGAUUCUCGAGGCCGCAACCGAGCUCGGCGAGAUUGGGGCCGGCAUCCAGAUAUUCUCCAACAUCUCAAAGUACCUCAUCCGCUGGGAUGUGGACGAGAUCAUUGGCGAGAACUUGGUCCAAGUGGAUGAGGUGCGGACGUGGGGGGUCAAGGACGAGGUGGUGACCAGAGUCGAUCCGAAGCGAGUCCAUAAGAUGACUGGGUUCCCUCACUUGAUCGCUCGUCGAGACCACUUACACGCUGGUCUUACCGAAUCGGCGCGCCGCCACGGCGUGGAGAUCAUUGUCGGAGCACGGGUCCAGGAACUCAAGUACGCGGAAAAGUCGGCGACGGUCACCACGACCAAGGGGAUCUCCUACACGUUCGAUCUGGUGGUCGGGUGUGACGGCAUCAAAUCCACGAUCCGUCAACAUCUGUUUCCCGAGGUCAAGCCUCGCGCUCCCUCCAAAGUGGCCGCCUACCGCGGCGUGCUGACAUACGAUGAGAUCAAGGCCAAGGCCCCCGAAGCGGCGUCGAUAUUGACCAACACGAUGGAUAUGUGGACGGGCCCAAAUGGCUAUAUAAUGACGUACCCACUCUCAGGUGGGAAAGAGCUCAACGUCGUCACAUCGUUCUGCAAGGACUACUACGUUGAGAAGAUGGAAGAAGUCGACAUUGACGAGUUCAGAGGAUACUAUAAGGAUUACAGCCCCGCCAUCCAAUCCAUCAUCAAACUGGUCAACUACACGCAGCGAUGGCCUCUUCUCGUCAUGCCUCCAAUGGACCGGUGGUCGAACGAGGCGCGGACCGUGGUGUUGCUGGGGGACGCCGCGCAUUGUAUGCAGAACCACAUGGGACAGGGAGCCGCCACGGCGAUUGAAGAUGGUGUCUUCCUGGGCCGUGUGCUGAGUGAAGUCGUGCGCGGGACGCUCACAGUGCCCGAGGCGGUGUCUAUCUACGAGCAGAAACGAAUCCCCCGAGCAUGGACCAAACAGCAAGUCUCACUUGUCUCGGGCGAGCUGAACAUGUGCUCCGACCCGAAAGACCUGCUCAAGCGGAACGCGUCGUCCUUGCCGGAAGUGCAGGGCCUCGAGAACGGCGAGGCCAAGAGUCAAUUCCCGCCUCUGCCGCCGGAGUAUCGGUCGUGGCAGAUGUUUGAUUCGCCGGACAGCGUGCCUGGAAUCUUCUACUAUGAUGCUGAAGGCGAUGCCGAUAAUGCAGUGUGCGAGUUCUUGCAGGCGAGGGAUCGAAAGGCCGGGAGGGUGGAUGAAUUGACGAUGGUAAGUGAGGCUUUGAGGAAGAAGUGGUGGGCAGUCGUCGAUUUCAAUGGGGUUGGGUGAAACAGUUGUUGGAUUCACGGUCGAAUGACAACGGUUAUGUCUUGCAAGGACCUCGCUUGUCUCGAAGACUGUCCGCAGUCCGUCAUCCUGACUGCCUUGGUCGCAGCACCAUUCCCCCCGCUUCACCCCAAGGCACGUUGCAGGUCGUGUUCGUGUUAGUACUUGGAGGAUGGCAUGAAGACCUCUCCAGUGCAUACUACUUGCAGUGCUGAACCCGGAAAGGAGAGCCAGAGUCCCUCGAGUUUGCUGCUUGGGUGGGACAUGAAGAGGGCCUGCGGCGUUCUCUGCCUGGUGCUCUUGUGCUGGUCUUCACCUCGAAAUAUCCAUGCUGUCCAACACAAGAAUUUGGGAUCGGGGAUAUAUUCGACUCAAAGGCGCUGUGAGAAUGGCUGCAUCGAUAAGACCAAAGUCACCCCGAGAGUCACGUAGGUAGAAGAGAUGGCUCAACACCAGACACCAGGCUCCUCUCUGGCCAUGCGUUGCUGUAACAAAAGGGGUCCAGCCUCGCGCUCGCAUCUGGUGUACAAUUGUCCCGACACAGACCGCUGGCCUUGUCCCUCCCACUCUCUUGUGUGAUAAUGCACCACCGACACCAACUAGCUACAAGAUGACUCCGCAUCGAGUACAAGGAGGCGUCGUUGACUCAUGUCGGCCAGCAAAGGAUUGGCAACCCAUAGUAGAUACCGGACAGCCCUUGACUGCGACGCCGAAUCGGAACCGACCGGACAAGGAAGAUGAAAGUACCAUACAG